AUGCUGAGCGGAAUCCAAAAAAAUCCGCUUCUUCAUCGGCCUGAUGAGGAGGAACUUGGAAUGGCCAAUUCCAAAAAACCGAAGCCCAUCGGAGGCACUCCAGAGACUAGACAGACCGUCACCAACACCGGGGCCACCACCCUGAGUGUCAAGAACGUCGCCGAAGCAGCUUCCGGAUCAGGACAGCGCCGUGCCGCUUACAACAACAAGUUGGGCCUGAAAGCCAUGCAGGCCGCAGAGCAACAGGCCCUCGCUGAAGUACAGACAGAGGAACAAGACGAAGAUAUGUCGGAAGCAGGAGAGACCGACAACCGGAUGGAAGUCAAAAGCACCAAGGAACGUCUCUUGGUGGCAACAGCACCUGCGGACAGUAUCUAUGGAGACAUCCACGCGGAGAGGCUGAAUAAACUGAGAGUGAUCUUGCUCACGGACAGGAUCAACUGCAUCGAUGGACCGGCUAGGGCCAAAGAUCAAAAUGGAGAGACGGUCGUCAGCGAGGAACUCGAGGACGGCACCACGACUGAGCAACAACUAUUCACAAGAAUGGAUAAUACUCGACGAGUGGCGGAACAGGAGAGAACUGUGGAAGUGUACGGACUGCACCCCCGUACGGACGAUUUCCACAUCAAAUCGGCGAUGUCCCAGUUCGGAGACAUUGAAAAGAUCAGCACACGCCCGUGCACCAAAGAGCGUUUGAACAUCAAAGAGCACAUCAAAGCAGUGAAGGAAUACCAAAAGGGUGGUGCAUUGAAAGUUACAAAACAGCAAUCGUUUGCACAGAUCGCGAGCGGCAGUGGAACAGGAACAAACCAGAAGGAUGGACAAAAUGGACGGACCCAGCAACAGCAGCAACAGCAACAGCAGAAACAGCAACAGCAACAGCAACAGAAGAAUCAGGGACAGCAAGGAGUGGAUGACAGGUUGAUUACCGCAUUGGUGAAUCUACAGGAAACGAUUACAAGGAUGGACGAGAGACAGAGAGAAUUAACUGAGCAGUGUUCAGCACUCACAGCCAUUGUGCUGCACAUGAUGCAGGAGAACAAAGCCAGCGCGGUCCCUAAGGAAAUGCUGCAGGCUGCUGGACUAAGCACGGAGUUGCACAGGAACAUCAUAAAAACGGACAAAGGCAAAGGAAAGGCAGUGGACACAGGCAUUCCAGGAACACAUGUCAGUAUCGACAGCCUGUUGGUGGACAGGCUGUUAGACGUCAAGCACGACGACGCUAAUGGCACUCUAUCAGAUCACAAGAUGGUCACUGCCAUCAUGUCGGUCCAAGGGCUCAUAACUGCAUCGUCGGACCCAUUCAAGUACAAGGAGCCAAAAGGAUUUCGAUUCCAAUUCCGUGAUACGCAGGCCGAGCAAUUGAAAGCAUUUGGGGAAGCGCUGUCGCUGAAACUAUCAGACUGGAGCCAGAUGCGGGAGUACGGACUCAAGGAACCCGCGAUAGGCAUGGAGAACAACGGGGUGGAAGAUCUGCGACGGGUGGACAUAGAAAAGGCAUGGCGUGAAUACUCAAAGACCUUGAUUCAAUGUGCAAAAGACAACCUUCCAGGAAAAAUCGUAGGCCGAGCUGGUUUGAAACCAGAAAGCGAACUCUCAGUGUUGCACCUUGUCCGUGACUUAGGCAGGAUGAAAAAACUGGCAAGGGCGAUUAUGCAGCGGCGCCAAUUCGACCUAGAGGACGACGCACGAGGAAGGCUAAUUGAAGAACAAACAAGAUUUAAUGAACACGCCAGGUGGUUACGAGUGGCUGCAGAGCGAGAGAUAGACGACAUGGAGGAGGUACCAGGAUGGAAUGAAAGCGAGGAGAAGUGGUCGACGUGGUUUAGCGGGAUUAAAAAAAAGGUGAACGAGAACACUGCAGGAGCUGCAGACUGA